GAUUAGUACAAGCUCCCCCCACGAUGGCAAUGGACCGUCCUAGUCUCCAACCAGCAUCGAGCUGCUUUCAAUAGCUGAGCCGCGAAACCUGGUCAAGUAUGGGCGAUACCAUGUCUCACCAGGAGGAACCCUGCCUGUGAACCUGAUCUAGGCUGGAGCAGCAGCAGCCGGUGAAGCAGCGUCAUGUCCUCGCCGGCCUCCACACCGAGCCGCCGCGGCAGCAAGCGCGGGCGGAGCAGCAACCCCCCGACUCCACGCACUGAAGAUGCUCAGUCUCCUCCUUCACAAAAACGUCGAACAGAUGACUCCACAUCUACAGGAGAUCUACAGCCAAUGCCAACUUCUCCAGCAGUUGACAUGCAAAGCCCAAAUGCUCAAGAUGUUCUGUUUUCCAGCCCACCACAGUUUCGGGAAUCGGCAAUUCCACUUGAUUUUGAUAUUAGUUCACCUCUGACCUAUGGCACUCCCAGCUCUAGAGUGGAGGGUACUCCAAGGAGUGGUGUGCGAGGAACUCCAGUUAGGCAGAGGCCAGAUCUUGGAUCUGCCCGCAAAGCCAGACAGGUGGACUUGCAUUCUGAUGGGCCAGCAGAGGAUGCACUGGCAAGUGAACAAACUCUUGGACAAAAGCUUGUGAUCUGGGGAACAGAUGUUAACGUAGCUUCAUGCAAAGAAAAGUUCCAAAGAUUUCUUCAGCGCUUUAUUGAUCCAUUGGCUAAAGAGGAAGAGAACGUUGGUUUGGAUCUUAAUGAACCACUCUAUAUGCAGCGACUUGAGGAGAUCAAUAUGGUUGGGGAACCAUUUCUGAAUGUAAACUGUGACCAUCUAAGAUCAUUUGACACAAAUCUAUACAGACAGCUGAUCUGCUAUCCACAGGAAGUUAUCCCAACAUUUGACAUGGCUGCUAAUGAGAUCUUUUUUGAUCGUUACCCUGACUCAAUAUUAGAACACCAGAUUCAAGUCAGACCAUAUAAUGCAUUGAAGACCAGGAAUAUGAGGAGUCUGAACCCUGAAGACAUUGACCAACUUAUCACCAUCAGUGGAAUGGUGAUCAGAAGCUCCCAGUUGAUUCCUGAGAUGCAAGAAGCAUUCUUCAAGUGCCAGGUUUGUGCCUUCACCACAAGAGUAGAAAUUGACCGUGGCCGGAUUGCUGAACCAUCAGCGUGCAAGAACUGUAGCACAACACACAGCAUGGCAUUGAUUCACAAUCGUUCUAUGUUUUCAGACAAACAGAUGAUCAAACUGCAGGAGUCUCCUGAAGAUAUGCCGGCUGGCCAGACGCCUCAUACUGUGGUGCUGUUUGCGCACAACGACCUGGUUGAUAAGGUUCAGCCAGGCGACAGAGUUAAUGUUACAGGUAUCUACAGAGCAGUUCCUAUUCGAGUUAAUCCAAGAGUGAGCAAUGUAAAAUCAGUCUAUAAAACCCACAUUGAUGUCAUUCAUUACCGUAAAACCGAUUCAAAACGUUUGCAUGGUGUUGAUGAAGAAACAGAACAGAAAAUCUUUGCAGAGGAACGUGUGGAAAUGCUGAAAGAGCUCUCCAGAAAACCAGACAUUUAUGAAAGGCUUUCUUUGGCUCUGGCUCCAAGCAUUUAUGAACACGAAGAUAUCAAAAAGGGCAUUCUGCUUCAACUAUUUGGGGGAUCAAGAAAAGAUUUCAGUCAUACCGGAAGAGGCAAUUUUCGUGCUGAGAUCAACAUUCUUCUGUGUGGUGAUCCUGGCACUAGUAAAUCACAGCUGCUUCAAUAUGUCUAUAACCUGGUUCCUAGAGGCCAGUACACAUCUGGGAAGGGUUCUAGUGCAGUUGGUCUCACUGCAUAUGUAAUGAAGGACCCAGAGACAAGGCAGCUGGUUCUGCAGACAGGUGCUCUGGUUCUCAGUGACAAUGGCAUUUGCUGCAUUGAUGAAUUUGAUAAAAUGAAUGAAAGUACAAGAUCAGUACUGCAUGAAGUUAUGGAACAACAGACUCUUUCUAUUGCCAAGGCUGGAAUUAUUUGCCAACUGAAUGCUCGCACUUCUGUUCUAGCAGCUGCUAACCCUAUAGAGUCGCAGUGGAAUCCAAAGAAAACUACUAUUGAAAACAUCCAACUUCCUCAUACGUUGUUAUCCAGAUUUGAUCUGAUCUUUCUAAUGUUGGACCCUCGUGAUGAAGCCUACGACAGACGUCUUGCUCACCACUUGGUUGCGCUGUACUACCAAAGUGAAGAGCAGGUGGAAGAAGAGUACAUGGACAUGGCAGUAUUGAGGGAUUACAUUGCAUAUGCUCGGAGCUAUGUUAAUCCUAGACUAAGUGAAGAAGCAAGUCAGGCCCUUAUUGAGGCUUAUGUGGACAUGAGAAAGAUUGGCAGUGGUAGAGGAAUGGUUUCUGCAUAUCCCCGCCAGCUUGAGUCUUUGAUCCGUCUGGCAGAAGCUCAUGCUAAAGUACGUUUUUCCAACAAGGUUGAAACAAUUGAUGUUGAAGAAGCAAAACGCCUCCAUCGGGAAGCUCUGAAACAGUCUGCUACUGAUCCUAGAACUGGCAUUGUGGACAUAUCCAUUCUCACUACAGGGAUAAGUGCCACUGCCCGUAAACGUAAGGAGGAGCUGGCUCAAGCCUUGAAGAAGCUUAUCCAGUCCAAGGGUAAAACACCAGCUCUAAAAUACCAACAGCUUUUUGAUGAUAUCCGUGCACAGUCUGACGCAGCUGUCACUAAAGAAAUGUUUGAAGAAGCACUUCGUGCCUUGGCUGAUGAUGACUUCUUGACUGUGACUGGAAAGACUGUUAGAUUGCUGUAAUGAAAUGCUAGCUUAACAGCAGAGUUUUACUGUUUUUUCCAAGUACUUCCCUUGAGACCUGUAUCACCUUUAAGAAUAUUAUUCACUGUGGCAAAACUCAUGAUGGUGUCCUGUUGGUGAACCACUAUCAGCA